UACUUCCUGACUAUACAUUUCUCUCUCUCUCGCUCUCCCUAUCUCUUCACCUCUCUCUCUCUGAGUUUCUGUAGGAGAGGGAUGUCCUGCCUCUCAGGUCCAAUCUGUUAGCGUAGCGAUGGGGCCUAGACUAGCUAAUUUCUUGGCUGUAAUCAGAUUAGCAGGCACUGAGCAGCUUUAGUAAGCCCCUGUCUCCCUGCAUGCCUGCAACCUGUCUAGUUAGCCAGUUAGCUAUUAGCGUUAGUGCUGGAGGAGACGAGAGGGGAGCUCUCAAGAGACUCAGCCUAGUGUCGUAGCCACAGCCUCGACGCUCCACUCAAACGCGACACUGCCGACGCUACUACGUACUACUACUCCUGCUCAGCUCACUCCCUCUCCUGUCUUUCUGUCCCUGUCUAUCUCUCUCUCUCUCUCUCUCUCUCGUGCUGCUCAUCCCGGGGCAGUUACUGACUGCCUUUGUUUCUCUGCAUCACCUUGCAGUCAGUUGCCUGCCUGUGGGUUGGACCUCAGCAAUUCUCACUUUUUUUCUCUCCAGCUCUCUUUUUAUUUCAAUCUGUCCGCUGUACCUACCUGGUCUUGCAAAAAUGUAUCGGAGCGCAAACCCAUGGAUCUCAAACUACCUGAGCCAUGUCAAGUUCUGCGGCCAAGAACUUGGGAGUGAGACCCCCGUCAAACUUGGGAAGGCAAGACUUUUACAGAAGAGGGCUCUUAGCUUCCAGAAAGGGUUCUUGUUCGAAGAGAAAAACACCCCUGCCAAGAACACCAAUGAUAUAGAUGUAAAUCUCUUGGCAAGCCUCCCUAAAGUUUCAGAAUUGAGGAAGCGUUUUGAAGGCUUCAGCCCAAGCACUAGCUGUGACUGGGAAAUGAACAGGAAGGAGAGGUUUGCCCGGCGGUUGGAGGGCAUAGAGAGCGAAGUGCAUCCUGCCAUAUUACCCAGCUGCCCAGGCCUGGUGAUCAAUCAGCUGGUAGAGGAAGACAUGCCCCGUUACACACACGCCUCGGACACCUGUGACCCCUGUGUUGUCACAGUACAACGUUACAGUAAGGAGGACAUGGAGAGUCCAGAGAUGAUGAUCCAUCAGCUGGUCACUGCUCCGGAGAGGCAGUCCAGAGCCCGGUGCAGACCUGAGGAACAGACCCAGACCGUCCUCACCGAGCCCACAGACCCCGCUGGUUCCGACCUGGACUCCAAGGUGGAGCGGAUCACUCGCUACAAGGCAGAAAGGCGUCGCCAGUUGGCCGAGCGCUAUGGUAUCUCGCUGGACCAAGAGCCAGACACCACUGUCACCGACCACUUCUCUUCCCGAUACGGUGCCUCCUGUGGACUCAAGGAGUUGGCUUCUUCCUCUGAGAGGCAACAGGGCUACACACACCCAGAAACACGCUGCAGGGCAGAGUCUGUGGGGGACGAACACUCCUACACAUCCAGUAGAUCCAGGGUGGGUAGAGUGGCCCCCCCACCACAGGGCUACGGCAAGCCUGGCCAGGGGCGACCCAGGGUUGACUCCUUCACAGAGAGGGAGAGGGUGGAGAACCUGGAGAACCAGCGCAGGGCGGCUCAGCAGGAGAGGAACAUCAACCUGGAGAACCAGCGCAGGGCGGCUCAGCAGGAGAGGAACAUCAAAGCCCCCGAGCCGCAGCCGCCAUCUUCCUCCACCUACAUGGAUGUGACGUCGUCGACCUCUGCCAAAGUGCCCGUUGCUAAGCACAACACCAUCAUGGGGUUGCCCCCCAGCUCACCCAAGACUGGCCGGAAGUCCUUGCUGCCCUCCCCCAAACAGAAGGUGUCCCCUGGGGACCUGUUCAUAGAGCAACAGGCCCACAACAUCCUCAGCAGACAGGGAAUCAGAGUUAGGGACAGACUGGCCAGGGAGGAGGGAGUUCGAAAGAGGAGUCCAGAGCUGGGCCACCAUGUCCCCGAGGCCCCCCUGUACAAGAGACACCCCCAGAUCACCACCCGCUCCACAGCCUACCACCAUGACCCCCAGGCUCCGGCGUAUACCACCACUGACUCUCCAGGCCCCAAGUCCUACUCUCACCACCAGCCUCAGCUCACCCGUUCUGGGCAGAGUGAUGACCCCAGCUAUCUGUCCAUGACUACUGGCCCCGGUUCCGGGGCACAGCAACCCCAACAGCCUCUGCCAGAGGAGGAAAAGGAGAUGGAGGGAGAAGAGGAGAAGAGGGGAGCCCCUAGGGAGGGCAGGAAAGCUGUGCUGCCAUCAGAGAUCAGAGGAGUCCAAGGAGUGGGACAGGGGAGGGAGGCUGAGCCCAGAGGAUGGUACAUGGAAAGAGGGGGAGAGAGACCCAGGAUGAGAUGGGAGGAAUCGGACACAGACCCCGAACCAAUCAGACCUAUGGAACAAUCCAUGACCCGCCUGCAGGCCGCCAAGGUCAGAGCAGAGCUCAGAGCCUCCAGGGAGAAGGGCCAACAACCGUGGAGUGACAACUCCAUCUACAUCCAGAGAAGCGUUGCCCCCGCCUCUACCCACAUCCAGAACAGGGGAGGAGGCCCAACCGCCACCACCAUAACCACUGAUGCCUUCAUCUUCUCCAUCCGCUCCUCAUCCGACACUGAGCCCCAUGGGGCCCCUAGAGGCUCCAUCCCCAGGGCCCAGGAGCCAUGGUCGGUCAAAGAGGCAGCAGGCCUGCGGAGGGGGGCCAUUGACGGUGGGAUCAGAAAUAGAGACCAGAGACCACUAGAGACCAGGGAUGCUCGUAUCUCUGUGGCCAAGCUUCGUCACUCCUACCUGGAAAGUGCUACGACUGCUACUGCCCCAGUCGUCAGGAAACCUGAGCUAGAGGAGGAAAUAAAGUGGGUGUACCCAGGGGGGGCGGAGGUUCCCUGGAGAGGGGUGCAGGACAAUACAGUGGUCCCAUGGAGGGGGGACAGGGGGCGCAGACUCUCUAUCUCGCCUGGAGAGAGUAGAAGGACCUCAGAGAGGUUUAGGACCCAGCCCAUCACCACCGCUGAGAGACACCGGUCUGAUAGGUCUUGUUUGAGCCCAGAUCUACCAAGCACUGAAGCCGAUGAAGAGAAAUUGGAUGAGCGGGCCAAGCUGAGUGUUGCAGCCAAGCGUUCUCUCUUCAGGGAGUUGGAGAGGAACACGGAUGGGGGCUCCCCAAAACCCCCAUCACGGAACGUGGCCAUGGAGAGGCGACUGAGACGCACCCAGGACCGCUCCCAUACCCAGCCAGUCACUACUGAGGAGGUGGUCAUUGCUGCCACCCUGCAUGCGUCCUCACAGGAGAGUGCUGCAGCCAGGGAGCAGGCCAGGCAGACCCAUAAUGCACCAGAGGUCCAGAGAGAGGCCCAGCGGACGUCCUCCAAGCUCCUCCAGACUUCUUCUCCUGAGGAGAACCAGCCCCAGACCCAGAAUAAUCAGGGCCAGGGGGACGCAGAGCCGGAUCUGUCCACCUUAAGCUUGGCAGAGAAGAUGGCUCUGUUCAACAGGCUGGCCCAGCCAGCCACCAGGGUGAUCCGCACCAGGUCGGACAGCAGGGGGCGCAGGGCCAACGCCCGUUACCAGACACAGCCCAUCACCCUGGGAGACCUGGAGCAGAUCCAUAACGGGGCCAAGUUGGGCCAGCUAUUCUCAUCUGCCCUCAGACCUGGGGCCACGGUCGCCACAGACCACGCAGGGGACAUCCACUUAGCCACUGGGGGCGGGGGUAGCCCAGCAGAGGCACCCAACCCUGGGUACUACGAAAGGUCCAUCCCCCACCACCCUAGCCCUCCCACCCAGAUCACAGAACCCUCCAAUGCCGUCUGGAGGUCUGUGCCUGGCCCCCACCACCAAGCCUCUCUGGAUCUUCAGGCGCACCAGACUGACUCAACCACCAUCCUCCCCCAGGGAGAGGAGGGCGAUCUGUGGGGAGGGAAGAGAAAGUUGCCCUCUCCGGAGGGAGGUGUCAGAAAGGCCCCCAUGCCUCAGGCCUGGUCUGGUGAGGGGGAGUGGGAGGAGGAGCAGCGUUUGGCCAGGAUGGGUGGUGGUGAGGGUGUGGAGCCCCAGCGUGUGUUGAAGGGGACAGAGAGUGGUGGUGGUGGUGGUGGUCUCCACCAGGACCACAGGCAGCACCAGGAGCAGAGGGGCUAUCUGAGACAGUCAUCAUUAGACCUCCAGGACCCAGACGGACACAGAUCAAAGGUUGUCAGCACGGAGCUGCCAGACUCUAGUGUGUCAUCAUCGAGAGCAGCAGAGCAGCUAAGGAGUGCAUCUCUCUCUCCACACACACUGAUGCCCCAGGCUCGGGAGCUGGGCGGGGCGGACACACACACGGACGGCAGCAGUGGUCUGGGACACACACACAGCCUGGUCCAGUCUGAGCAAGAGGACAUAGAGCUCUCAGAAGCCAUGUCGGCUAGACAGAUGUCCAUCAAAGACAGGCUGGCCCUGUUGAAGAAGAGUGGCGAGGAGGACUGGAGGAACAGGAUUAAUCGGAAGCAGGAUGUGGUGAAGGUGGCCGUGUCAGAACGUCACGCUCAGCUAUGGGAGGUGGAGCAAAGCUUCAAGAAGAAGGAAGAAGGGAUGCUGAUUAAUGAGUUGGUUGUGUCUGAUCAGCUCUGGCAGAGGAUGGGAGGGGGAGAGGAGACUACGGAAAACCAGAACCAGCCUAUCGAGAUGUCUAUCCAUGAGAGGAAGCAGCUGAUCGUGGCCCAAGAAGAGGCCUGGAAGUCCAAGGGCCACGGGGCCGCUAACGACUCAACACAGUUCACUGUGGCCGCACGCAUGGUCAAGAAAGGUCUGGCUUCUCCUUCUGCUCUCCUGAACCCUGUGACGUCUCUCCCUUCCAAACCCAAGAACACCACUCCUGCCAUCUCCAAGCCUCUGGAAGAGAUCGAGGCCAAACCGGACAUGAACCUGGAGUCGGACAGGAAACUCGAUAAGCUGGACUCUUUCCUGAGCAAGUUGAACAGUAAAGUGGGCGGCCUGCAGGAAUCCACCAUUACAGUGACGAAGAAGACGGUCAAAGAUGUCAUGAAUCUGGAUGAUGAGAUGUUCGACAAGUUUUACCGCCACAUGGCCGAGAUGCCCCUCAACAUGAACAGCAAGGUGGACAUCAAUGACGACUUUGACGACAUCUUCGGUGGUACCCAGAUGCCCAAGCUGACCUCAGCCAUGGUGGAGCACAAGCGGUCGGUGCGUCCAGUGCGCAACGUCCAGUCGUCCAGGAACCCUCUGAAGAUGCUGGCGGCCAGAGAGGACAUCCGACACGAAUACACAGAGCAGAGACUCAACGUUGGCCUGCUGGAGAGCAAGAGGAUGAAGCAAGAGAAGAUGAAUAAAAAUAGUGGAUUCUCUGAGGUGGCUCUGGCGGGUCUGGCCAGUAAGGAGAACUUCAGCAGUGUCAACCUGCGUCGUGUCAACAUCUCCGACCAGAUGUCCAACAACAGCGCUGUGCCCUACAAGAAACUCAUGCUCUUGCAAGUCAAAGGCCGACGGCACAUCCAGACCAGACUAGUGGAGCCCAGAGCGUCCUCUCUAAACAGUGGGGAUUGCUUUUUGCUCAUCACACCCCAUCACUGCUUUGUCUGGACCGGAGAGUUUGCCAACGUCAUCGAGAAGGCCAAGGCUGCUGAGCUGGCCCAGUUCAUCCAGACCAAGAGAGACCUGGGUUGCCGUGCCAAUUAUGUAGAGCUGAUCGAGGAGGGUAUCAACACACACAGCUACGCUGCCAAGGAGUUCUGGAAGAUUCUGGGUGGACAGAUCAGCUACCAGUCUGCAGGGACACCAGACGAGGAUGAGCUGUAUGAGAGCGCCAUCGUAGAAACCAAUUGCAUCUACCGCCAAGUGGACGACAAACUGGUCCCCGAUGACGACUUCUGGGGGAAGGUUCCCCGAUGCACGCUGCUCAGCCCCAAACAGGUGUUGGUGUUUGACUUUGGCAGUGAGGUGUACGUGUGGCAUGGUAAGGAGGUGACUCUGGCCCAGAGAAAAGUUGCCUUCCAGCUGGCUAAACAUCUGUGGAACGGAACCUUCGACUACACAAAUUGUGACAUUAAUCCCCUGGACCCUGGAGAGUGCAACUCACUCAUACCCAGGAAAGGCCAGGGCCGUCCAGACUGGGCUAUGUUUGGAAGGUUGACGCAACACAACGAGACCACCCUGUUCAAGGAGAAGUUCCUGGACUGGACAGACUCCAAGAAGAAAGGUACCAUCAAGAACGGCCAUGAGCACCUCAACGAAAACAACAAGGAGCAGCAGAGCCCGGAACAGAACAUGAUGCGGGCCUAUGAUGCCUCCCUGAUGCUGCCACUGCUCCAGACCCCGGUUCGUACGGUGUUGGAUGGGGUGGACCUGGGCCGGGGCUAUGGCCCGGUGGCGGGGGAUGACCGCAGGCACUUUGAGAUCAGCACCACCGCUGUGGACAUCUGGCACAUACUAGAGUUUGACUACAGCCGGCUGCCCAAGCAGAGCAUCGGACAGUUCCAUGAGGGAGACACCUAUGUGGUGAAAUGGAAGUACAUGGUGAGCACAGCAGUUGGGAAGAGGCAGAAUCCGGAUGCGGUGAGGAGCGCAGGAGCUGGGAAGGAGAAGUGUUCCUAUUUCUUCUGGCAGGGCCGGAAUUCUACCGUCAGUGAAAAGGGGACGUCAGCGCUAAUGACUGUUGAACUGGACGAGGAGAGAGGAGCACAGGUCCAGGUGCAGCAGGGGAAGGAGCCUCCAUGUUUCCUUCAGUGUUUUAAUGGAGGGAUGGUCAUCCAUGCAGGGAAGAGAGAAGAGGAGGAGGAGAACUCACAGAAUGACUGGCGGUUGUAUUGUGUGCGGGGGGAGGUCCCGGUGGAGGGCCACCUGCUGGAGGUAGCAUGCCACUGCAGCAGUCUGCGCUCCCGGACCUCUAUGGUGCUUCUCAGCGUCUCUAAAGCAACCAUGUACGUGUGGCACGGCUGCAAGGCCCAGCUCCACACCCGCGACGUGGGGUGCACUGCCGCCGAUAAGAUCAAAGAACAGUGUCCGUUGGAGGCAGGGCUCCACAGCAGCAGUAAGAUGACCAUCCAUGAGUGUGACGAGGGGGCGGAGCCUACGGGAUUCUGGGAAGCUCUGGGAAGGAGAGAUAGGAAGGCCUACGACUGCAUGCUCCAAGAUCCAGGGAAGUUCAACUUCACCCCUCGUCUCUACCAGCUGAGCAGUACGUCUGGAGAGUUUGUUGCAAUGGAGUUCUUCUACCCAGCCAGAAUAACAGAGGAGGUCAACUCACUGCCCUUCCUACAGGAGGACCUCUACACUGCAUCUCAACCAGCCCUCUUCCUGGUCGACAACCUCCACGAGGUCUACCUGUGGCAAGGCUGGUGGCCCCAGGACAGCGAGAGCCCUGGCUCUGCCCGUAUCCGCUGGGACGCAGACAGGAAGUGUGCCAUGGAGACGGUGCUGCAGUACUGCACAGAGAAGAAUGAGAAGAAGCCACCCAAGGCGUAUCUGAUCCAUGCAGGACUUGAACCUCUAACCUUCACCAACAUGUUUCCAUGCUGGGAACACAGAGAGGACAUAGCUGAGAUCACUGAGAGGGAGGCAGAGGUUUGUAACCAGAUAAUUCUGGUAGAGGAUGUGUUGGCACGGCUGUGUAAGACCACCUACCCCCUGGCAGACCUGCUGGCACGGCCCCUACCCGAGGGAGUCGACCCCCUACGCCUGGAGAUCUAUCUAGACAAUGAUGACUUUGAGAAAGCUCUGGAGAUGUCGAGGGAUGAGUAUGAGGUGUUGCCAGGUUGGAAGCAGGUGAACGUGAAGAAAGCCAAAGGAUUGUUUUAGUACGUUGGACAGAAGGCUUGACCACCGGAUGACAUCAUCAGCAAGCGACGGUCAGUGCAUCGUGGUUCAGUUGUAACAGGAGCCCACCACUGAGAACUCUUUAAUUUAACAUUUCACCCCUUCAUCUCCGGACUGGAGAGGGCUUGGGAACACACACUUCUGAGAACCCUACCCUGGUUGGAGGGAGGGAAGAGGAAGAGAGACGCAGUGGUGGAAGGAGUGAGGAUCAACAGAGUUGUGCCAGCCUCGUGUACAGUUUUCUUCUUUUAUUUGUAUGUGUUACCAGUUUUGUUUUGUAAUUCUAAAUGUAGGUAGUUCAGAGGUGUGCGAGUGAAUGUUGAGUGGAUGUUUGUAAUGUGUCGGCACCCGGCUUUUUAAAUCCACACUGUGUGUGUGUGUGUGUGUGUGUGUGCUCGUGUGUGUGUGUGCUUGUGUGUGCUCGUGUGUGUGCGUGCUCGUGUGUGUGUGUGUGUGCGUGCUCGUGUGUGUGUGUGCGUGCUCGUGUGCGUGCUCGUGUGUGUGUGUGCUUGCGUGCUCGUGUGUCUGUGUGUGUGCUUGUGUGCUCGUAUAUCUGUAUGUGUGUGGGUGUGACCAUGCUUUUACAGUAUCGCCUGUACAGCAGUUUAUCUGCGAGCAGGAGAACCACUCUGUUUGACACACCCCAAACAGACCCUCUGCAAGCUAUUCUUUGUGCAUUAGAAUAAAUCAUUUAUAUUUAUAUUUACUCCAUAUUAGGAAUAAAAAGCCUUUUGAGUAUUAUCUGUGAGAUAAGAAAUGAAAUACCUGUAUUGUUAUUCAUGUUGUGGUUGUCAUAUAUUGAUUGAUAAGUAGUUGGACAAUAAUGCUCCUUUCCCAUGUCGCCAUUUUAUUGAACAAAUCAUGCAUCUACUACAUUCUGAAGUGUCUGUUGUCAUUGCUAGGCUGUCCUGCAUCAUUCAGGUGCUCAGAUUGAAGAGAAUUGUUGUAUUUUACAGGCAUGAAUUUACAGAAUCUUGUAAAUUCAACAUUGUAUAGUGCCUUGCUUUUAUGUACAGUUUAUAUAUAGAACAAUAUUAGUCUGUGUUUUAAAGACUCUCUUUGUGAUAUAAAGGAUAUUAGAGAAAUAAACAUUGAAAUUAAA